AUGAGUAAUACGGAUUUUCUUGGGAGAGCCAUUGAUACGGUCAAGAAGGCGAUUGAGAACGAUAAUGAGGGUGAAUACGAGAAGGCGUAUCAGCUUUACUACUCCGCAUUGGAGUUGUUUAUGCUCGCGCUGAAAUGGGAGAAGAACCCCAAGUCAAAGGAGAUGAUUCGCGCCAAGACUGGAGAGUAUAUGGAUCGCGCUGAGAAGCUCAAGAAUCACCUGGCUUCGGCAGACAAGAAGAAACCGAGCGCAGUGGGCGCAAAUGGAAAGAUUGCGCCUGGAAGUGGGAAGGGAGGGAAAGAAGAUGACGGCGACGGCGAAGACGCGGAAGCCAAGAAACUGCGAUCGGCCCUUCAAGGAGCUAUUCUAUCGGACAAACCGAAUGUGAAAUGGGAAGAUGUAGCCGGUCUGGAGAGCGCGAAGGAAGCACUGAAGGAAGCCGUGAUCUUGCCCAUCAAAUUCCCUCAUCUGUUUACAGGCAAGCGGCAACCUUGGAAAGGUAUCUUGCUCUACGGGCCUCCCGGCACAGGAAAGUCUUAUCUUGCAAAAGCCGUUGCGACCGAGGCAAACAGCACCUUCUUUAGUGUGAGCAGCAGUGAUCUGGUAUCCAAGUGGAUGGGUGAGAGCGAACGUCUGGUCAAGCAACUCUUCAACUUAGCCCGUGAGAACAAGCCGGCCAUUAUCUUUAUCGACGAGGUCGACGCACUAUGUGGACCUCGUGGAGAAGGUGAAUCUGAAGCGUCUCGGCGCAUCAAAACAGAACUGCUCGUCCAAAUGGACGGUGUCGGAAAUGAUUCUCGUGGUGUCUUGAUUCUUGGCGCGACAAACAUUCCCUGGCAGCUAGAUGCUGCGAUCCGAAGACGAUUCCAGCGUCGCGUUCAUAUUAGUCUCCCGGAUUUCAAUGCGCGGAUGAAGAUGUUUAUGCUGGCCGUGGGCUCAACCCCGUGCCACAUGACUCAGGCCGACUACAAAACACUAGCUGAAAUGAGCGAAGGCUAUUCCGGCAGUGACAUCAGUAUUGCUGUGCAAGAUGCUCUGAUGCAGCCAAUUCGCAAGAUUCAAACGGCGACGCAUUAUAAGAAGGUGACCGUCGAUGGAGCCGAGAAGCUCACGCCCUGCUCGCCAGGUGAUGCCGGGGCGAUGGAGAUGACCUGGCUUAGUGUCGAGGCGGAGCAGCUGUUGGAACCUCCACUUGUGGUGAAAGACUUCAUCAAGGCGAUCAAGAACUCCCGACCCACCGUCAGCCAUGAAGAUCUGACAAGAAACUCAGAGUGGACCAAGGAAUUUGGAAGCGAAGGAGCGUGA